ACACAAUAUCUGCUGGGACACAAGAGGCCGCUCUUGAGGUGAAAAGGGCGAAAGCUAGCGCAGUGAUUUCCUCAAUGACAGCGGGGGCUUGUUCCACACAAAACAACAAGGAUGAAGACUUCAAGCGACGCAGCAGCGACUCAGAUAACGGAGGAAACGUUUAGAUGAAACCCCGUCUGCUUUAUGUCCGUCUUCCUUUGUGCGACACGAAUUUGACGCCAGCCAACCCGACUAUCGACUGAACUGCGGAUGAAUGUCUGUGCCUUACGAGUCGCUGGAUUUGUUGUUGUUAGCGGCUAAUGCUAGCCAUAGAAGUUACGAGCUAGCUGGCCUUGCGAGCUAAUGGUUAAAGCGAGGAAACCCUAAUCAGCCGCAUAUGUUUGAUGCGCUCACGGCCGCUCGCGAAGUAAACUCGGCGUAACUUGGCUAAUGGAGCCAGAUAAUGUGGGCUUCAGUAGUUUAGAAACUGCAGUUUUGGCCGAGCUUUUAAAGUAGCAGUAGUACUAAGUUUGCUAGCUUGGCAGUUAGCAACAACUCUCCCUGGAAGAAUGAGCAGAAAGCACCAUCAUAUUAAAGGAGCCGAAGUAAGCUGCUGUGUAAAAUACUUCUUAUUUGGAUUCAACAUCACAUUCUGGUUACUGGGAGCAGCAUUCCUGGGUGUAGGCUUGUGGGCAUGGGCGGAGAAGGGUGUGCUCUCCAAUCUGUCGUCCAUCACAGACCUAGGGGGCUUCGACCCCGUGUGGCUCUUCAUUGUUGUUGGAGGUGUCAUGUUCGUCCUGGGCUUUGCCGGCUGUAUUGGAGCUCUCAGAGAGAAUACCUUCCUGCUUAAAUUUUUUUCUGUGUUCCUGGGAUUGAUCUUCUUCUUGGAGUUGACUGCAGGGAUCCUUGCCUUCGUCUUUAAGGACUGGAUCAAAGAUCAGCUGAACCAUUUCAUCAAUAACAAUGUCAAGGCCUACCGUGAUGACAUCGACUUGCAAAAUCUUAUUGACUUUGCACAGGAAUAUUGGUCGUGUUGUGGAGCUCACGGGCCAGACGACUGGAACCUGAACAUCUACUUCAACUGCACUGACUUAAACCCCAGUAGGGAGCGCUGUGGAGUUCCAUUUUCUUGCUGCCUCAAAGACCCUGCAGAGGAUGUCAUCAACACACAGUGUGGUUAUGAUGUUCGACUUCAAGGGGACCUGGAUCGGCAGAAAUACAUCUAUACAAAGGGCUGCGUAGGACAGUUUGAGAAGUGGCUUCAGGACAACUUGAUCAUUGUAGCUGGAAUCUUUGUUGGCAUUGCACUUUUACAGAUAUUUGGGAUCUGCCUUGCUCAAAACCUGGUCAGCGAUGUCAGAGCUGUCAAAGCCAACUGGUGACAGGACCGGUGACGCAACAGCCCUCAGACCCACUCAAGGUCAACACAGCACACAAUGGCAUCCAGCUGAGGACGCAGAGCCACCACACGUUUAGCUCUGUCUGCUUUGCCACCGAGCUCAGCUGCACAUACACACGGUCACAGCUGCAGACAAGCAAACACCAAUAGUUUGCCUGUCACUGACACUUUAAUGGGGGGCAAGAUAAUUAACUUCCACUCAAACCAAACAGCCAAUAUUUUGUUUACCACUAAGUUGGGAUUUAACCCAAAAACACUAUACAGAGGACACAAAGACAAUAGAGAGGACAACUCUACUCUUUUCUGUUUCUUUUAUUUCUCUUUUUUUGGGCAGUUGUGUAUAGUUACACAAGGACUCUUUUCAACCAGGAGAAUCUAUGGAUGAGAGUACAAAGAGGAGGAAGAACAAGUCCCCUUAUUAGGUCAAUUGUCAGAGAGCCCCCCGUCGCACUCAAUGAGGGGUUGAACUAAAACAGCCACUUUUUAACGCACUUAUCCCCACAUCCUGCUGCAGGGGAUUGUGAGUGACAGGUCAGCUGGCCAUCACACACGGAUUCCACUGCCUGUCCAAUCUCCAUCUCCUAAUGACCAACGAAAACAUACCGAGCAGCAACUCGUGCACAUCUUAACAUCAUUUCAGGAAGCGGAAAUUCCUACUCAAAAGGUAAAAAGUGCCAUUAAUACCCAGUUCUAUUUUGUCCCUUUCCUGUCCUUGACAUGGAGUUUCUGCAAACUGCCCCACAAUACCUCAGGGCCUGGCUGAAAUACAGCUUUCUGCCACCGGUUUUUAAGCGUAUCUUUUGUUUUCAUCUGUGUCUGUUGAAUUUAGAUACACUAACGUAAUGCAGAAAAAACAUUGACAGAUCCACGAAUGUCUCCCUGUUUGCUCUGCAGUGAUUGUAUUAUUUGAUGAUUUAUAGAAGGAUGUUGUAUUCUAUGGAGUAGCCUGGUGUGGGUUGGAUUCUAAGUAUGUGCUACAGUAUACAGGGAAAAUUCUUAAUUCUAGAGAUUGUUGUUUAUCUCUGAGCAUCCCUCGGGCACAUGGGAUUGCUUGUUUGGGGCCUUUUUGCUUGACCAUAUUUGUCUUACAUUUUGUCUUCUGCAUUACACAAUUAUUGUUGUCUGUCAUUGUAUAUAAAUUUCCAUCUGUAUCUACUCUUCAUUCAUAGAGACACAUUUAUAUGCUGGGUUCAUGCUUUGAUUCCUUAAGUCCGCCAGGUGCCGGUUUUACCUCUGACCCCUCAGUCACAUGCACACUUUUUUAUUUGUUGUUGAUAUUGUUAAUAUUUCUAAAGGAGACCAAAUAAUACCAGCUGGCCACAGGCUAACUACCAAGGUUUUGUUGGGCUACGAUUCAGGAUCUAUUAGCAAUGCCAACCAAGAGAUGAAGCAGUUCUACAUAGGCACAUUGUGAAGUUAUUCUCCCUUUAAUAUUAGGCGUGCCAGUUGAAAUGAGAAAUUACAAAACAAUGGAAAAUGUUACACUAUCACUUAUUUUCCUGUUUUAGAAUAUUUUUGAUAUUAGCAAAGUCUCAAUAUAACAUGAAUGCUGCUUUAACUUAACUAGAUUAUUGAUAUAAAGUAACCAUGCUAACGGCACUCAUCCUGCGAUGGCAUUGGAUCAAACUGACGUGAGGUAAUUUGUUCCAACAGAGUUUACACUGUACAGUUUGUGAGUUGUUCUUUGCUUGACACUACAUAAAAACACUCUGGCCUCACUUUUAAAGUUGCUCUCACAUCUUUUAUCGUAUCCAGGACGUUCAUCCAAAUCAAACUGGGUUCACUUGAUAACCUUUUCAAUUAUUCUAUUAUUGUUUGGGAGAGAUUCAGACUAUAACCCCCUGCCGCCACCACACACACACACACACACACACACACACACGCGCACACAGACUUUAGUAUGUUCUCAACAGGAGUGUGCACACGUUUAAAAGAGGAGUAGUCUUAAUAUUCUGGGAACAUACACUAAAAACUUUCCUGCCUCAGAGUCUGUAGAAUUUACACAUUCCUGCCGAUCUAUUUAUAUUUGCUUAUAUAUGUGUCAUGCAGACACAUCACGCAGUAACCACACCUAUGAUUGCCUGCUUUGUCUACAUGUCAUGUUGCUUGCUCCCACGCACGCGCGCUUCAAACAUUACCUGAUCAGACUGCACCUGUUUGAAGCUCUGUCAUUUUGAUGUAUUUUUAAACAUGGGACUCUCCGUCAGGAAGGGAAAUAUAAAACAAAACUGCACUCGUCUGAAUUUCGGAGUCAUGAGUAACUUCAGUGCACUGCACAAUGCAUCUGUACUGGGGUGACUGAGCCUUAAUGACUUCAUUUAGAUGAAAUGGAUGAGUUUCCAUAAGAGAAGCUCUUUAGGCGUAAUUAGUGUGCGAGUCCCUGCUGCAGUCUGGGAGUCUGGGAGGCUUUUUUUUUUUUUAGGUCAAAUUUAGAAACAUUGGAGUUCUUUUAAAUUCCUAUUUGAAGUUGCUGCAUUUGCAAGGCAUUUUCACUUCUACUCGUCAUUUCAUGUUGUUCUUACUGCGUGUGGGCUUCUUUGAUUCACUAACUGCUGUAAAUCAAUCUGUCCCACUUCAGUGUCGAAGAUCAGAAUGAAAGCAGCAUUCUUUCCCUCAUUAUCUCUUCUAGCUUUGUUUAUGAGAUAAUGUGAUGAUCAACAAGUCUUUGAAGUCUUGUCAUAAAAUACAGUUACCUGUAAUUGAAAGUAAUUUGCUCAGGAUCUAGAAUAGCCCGUACCCCUGAUUUAAACAAAAAAACCUAAAACCUUCAGUUGUAGCGUGUGAGGCCAGGCUGUGUUAAACAUGACAAAAUGGAGGAGCUGCUGCUGCUUUUCCAGUGAUACAGAGGAAUCUGGCUGAAGGCAGAUGGAGGCCACGGGUGUCGGUUCUGCUGCAGCACAGAGCUGCAGCUCUUAAACAAAAAGCACUCCCACUCUCUAUCUGCAGCCAGCGCCGUGUCUGGAGGCAUCUGCCAAUAAUCAGACAGUCACCUUGGUAAUAUGGACAAUAAUGCCAUAAUAAUCUGUAGUAGCCGGAUGACUGGGUUUUAAUAUGCAGACUUUACAGAGGUGACUUGCUGGAGCAUGUUUGUUUUACCACCUUUGGAUAAUUCUUUUUUUUUUUUAAUUAUUUUAAUGUUGGUGAAACGGGAAGGGAGAGGAAAAUGCUUAUUAUGCUCUGCUCUCUAUCAUAAUGGCCUUGCAUCAAAAACCACCUUCUUAAUUUCCUCCCUCCCUGUGGGCAGUCGUGUAAUUCCUGAGGAGGGGCCUUAUGCAGACCAUGAAUGUAUCCGCAUGGACCUACUGCUUCUCUCUCAGUUGGAAGUGAUCGUUUCCUUUAUGCAGCACAAUGCAAAACACACAUGAAGCUUAGCAGAUGAAAUGUGUCUGUGUUGUGAUAUUUUAGAUAUUCUGUUUGUUGCAUCUUGAAUAUUGAAUAUUUUGCUUUAGUGGAUAUGAAGAUGAUGCACAUUACUUUAUUCUCUCCCCACACCUGUGUGAAGACCUGCAUGGACAUAUAUGCAAUUAUCAAAAAGACGUCACCACAAACGAGCAGUUGAACAAAUGUGUCUGUGGUGGAUUUAAACUUUCUCUGCGAGAGCCAGCGUCUCUGGGAGAUGCCCCGCUCUGAAGCGAUUUCCCUUUUUUAUUUUAGUUUAUUUUUUAUUGCAUAUGAUUCAAGGUGACUGUCAUGUAACCUGAGCAACCUGCCCGGUUCUCCUCUCUCGAGCUUUGACGUCCGCUAAUGUCUCGAGGCGUUUCAGUUGAUUUUCCACCCAAAGGUGAGCGCCGUCGGGUGCAGACGUGGGUCGCGACGGGGUGCGACGGCGCUGCCUCGGCGGCGUGUUUGUCGGCACAUUAACAGCAAUAUCACAGUUAUUAUUACUGACAUUUCCAUCCUGAGUCAAAUCAUUCAAACAAAACACGAGCAUGAUCUGUCUGGAAUGAACCGGUGUUUAGUUUCUAGUUUUCUGAAGCCACUAUAAACGUCUCUGUUCUUACUUUUUAUCUGCAGGUUUUCAGUUUGUAGUCUCGACUGCAGCAGAAAACAUGUACCUGUUCUUACAGUUUCCACAUGUGUACUGUGAUGGGUCGUUUUAUAAGAAAUGUAAGUGUGGGGCAAUGUCUGUUACACUGUAUGUUGUGUUUAAAUUCCUCAUCUUUCAUAUAUUAAAUGAUUUAUUAUAA